AAAAAAAAAAAAAAAAAAAAAAAAAGAGAGAAAAUUCAGAGAAAAUCGAACCCCCAAAUAUGGAAUUCUGACAGAGUCGCUGCUAGUUUUUUUUUUUUUUUUGGUUUGUCAUCUCUCUUCUUCCCCUCUCCCUCUUUGUAAUCCAACCGGAGUUACGAUUCCCUCUUAUCGUAACUCCUGCUUCUUCUUCCGGUCUCGAUCCUGUUCAUCCACUUUCCUAGUUUCGUUCAGUCGGACGGUAAUCAUUUCGCGGCUUUGUUUUUGCGAUUCCACAAAAGGGAAGGAGGAAUAAGCAAAAUUUGAUUUGAUUCCGUUUUGGGUGGUGUUAGUGAUCUCUUAGAUGAAGUAAAAGAUUUUUUGAUUUUUUUGAGGGGAUUAUGUGAGUUAUGGUAUCUUCAACAACUAUAUUACGGAUGGUAGUACCAUGUUGGAGGCGACCUUCUGUGAAGGGAGAACAUUCAACAAAAAAUGACGCUAAUGGACGAUGUGAUGGUCUUCUUUGGUAUAAAGAUUCUGGUAACCAUGUUGCUGGGGAUUUCUCUAUGUCUGUAAUUCAAGCAAAUAAUCUUCUUGAAGAUCAUAGUAAGCUUGAGUCUGGACCCGUUAGUAUGUUCGAUUCUGGUCCUCAAGCUACUUUUGUUGGUGUCUAUGAUGGUCAUGGAGGUCCUGAGGCUGCCCGGUUCGUUAAUAAACACCUUUUCGACAACAUAAGGAAGUUUACAUCAGAGAAUCAUGGGAUGUCUGCUUCUGUCAUUACGAAAGCGUUUUUAGCUACGGAAGAAGAUUUUUUAUCUCUUGUGCGGAGACAGUGGCAGAUUAAACCACAGAUUGCUUCCGUUGGAGCAUGUUGUUUGGUAGGGAUCAUAUGUAGUGGAUUGUUGUACAUCGCGAAUGCUGGGGAUUCUCGGGUUGUGCUAGGAAGACUGGAAAAAGCGUUUAAAAUUGUCAAGGCUGUUCAAUUAUCAUCUGAGCACAAUGCAAGUCUUGAAUCUGUGAGAGAGGAGUUGCGCUCGUUGCAUCCAGAUGAUCCUCAAAUUGUCGUCUUAAAGCACAAAGUUUGGCGAGUCAAAGGUAUUAUACAGGUCUCGCGGUCGAUUGGUGAUGCCUACUUAAAGAAAGCUGAAUUCAAUCGGGAACCACUGUUGGCAAAGUUUAGAGUCCCUGAGGUUUUCCAUAAGCCCAUUCUUAGAGCAGAGCCGACAGUUACAGUACAUAAAAUCCAUCCAGAGGAUCAGUUUCUUAUAUUUGCAUCAGACGGUUUGUGGGAGCACUUAACUAAUCAAGAAGCUGUUGACAUUGUAAACACAUACCCACGCAAUGGAAUCGCAAAGAAACUCAUAAAAACAGCUCUAAGAGAGGCAGCAAAGAAGAGAGAAAUGAGAUAUUCAGAUUUAAAAAAGAUUGAUAGAGGAGUGAGAAGACAUUUUCAUGAUGAUAUAACAGUCAUAGUUGUGUUUCUUGAUUCAAAUCUCGUCAGUCGCAGUGCUUCGCGCCGACCUCUCCUCUCCAUCUCAGGCGGUGGUGACUUGGCUGGACCGUCCACUUGACUCAACUCUCACCACAAUCUAUAUAUAUUAUAUAUAUACAUAUCCACUAUAUAUAUAUAAACACAUUGCAAAACGCAAUUCAAGUUCGUUCUUUUUUCUUUUAUAUACAAAAUUUCCUUUUCUACUCUGUUUUUUAUUCAUCCCCAAAAGAAAAAAAUGAAGAGUUGAAAACCAAUGUAUAGGUCUUUUUGGCAAACUGAGUUUUAUUAUGGACAAUACAAAGAGAUUAUCACUU